AUGGCCACCGAGACUGUUUCAAAACCUGUGGUGGAGAAUGGGUGCGAAGACGACGAGGAGGACGGGCCUAUAGUAUUCAAGAGGAGAAGUACUGUUGCUUCUAACUCGAAUCAAUCAAAAUCCAAUCCUCAGAGAAGCAAUGCAGUUCCUUCCACCAAGGUUUCACCUAUGAGAUCCCCUGUGACUAGCGCAAAUGGAACCACUCCGUCGAAUAGAUCUUCUUCUGUGAAAUCCUCAGUGCCAUCAUCUUCUUCUAAGGCUUCACCAGCGAAGUCACCAUUGCGGAACGAUACGCCCUCUGCUGUUAAGAAUAGGAGCCAGUCACAUAAAGAUCAGUCUGAAUGUAAAAGAGAGCUUGAGGAUUCUGAGGAUAAUAGGCCUUUAAGUUUCAUAAUGUCUGCGAAUUCAAGUCGGCCAAAUAAAGCGCCAAACUCUUCGCUGAAGGUCUCUUCGCCGCAGCCAGAUAAAAAGAAUAGUGGCGAUCGAUCUCUUGAUAGAGCAAAGAGAAUCAUAAAAGAUGAGUCAGAUGAUGAAACUCCAAUUGCGUCAAUGCUUCGAAAGAAGAUUGGUAGUGGGAUGUCAGGUAGCAGCAAACAGGUCUCUAAUGAUGAAAAGAAACCUUUGAUUAGAAAGUUGCAUCUGAAUGGUUCCAUAGUUAAGAAUGAAGUGACGAGUUCUAAGGUAUCAGGUAAGAGACCUCUGGAGAAGAAUAGCUCUGCAGGUGAGUCUUCCUUGAAGAAGCACAAUGUCUCAGCUUCAACUACUUCAGUGAAAAUGAAGCAAGAUUCUGUUAAAACAGAGAGUUCAGGUGAUAAGGGAAAGGCUUUGGUUACACCUAAGUCAACGAAGGCUAGACAAUUAUCUACCAGAGAAGAAGAUACUGAUGAUGAUGAUGUUCCACUAGCCAAGAGACGCAAAUCGGAAUCCUCCAACAGUAAAAUAUCAUCUGCAAAGCCUAAAGCAGUGAAAGUAAUUCCUAGUUCAUCAGCUGCAAAGCCAAAAGUAACAAAAGUAGUUUCUCAUACGUCCAGGAAAAUGAACAAAAACUCCAAGAAAGUAAUGAAGGAUUCAAAAUAUUCCACGUCUUCAAAAUCUUUACCCUCUGGUGAUGGGCAAAAGAAAUGGACUACCUUGGUGCACAGCGGUGUAAUCUUUCCACCUCCAUACCAACCUCAUGGCAUUAAGAUUCUGUACAAGGGAAAGCCAGUUGACCUAACUACUGAACAAGAAGAGGUUGCGACAAUGUUUGCAGUGAUGAAAGAAACGGACUAUUAUACUAAGCCUCAAUUUAGGGAGAAUUUCUGGAAUGACUGGCGAGCACUGCUCGGGAAAAAACAUGUGAUACAGAAGUUGGAGGAUUGCGACUUUAGUCCCAUAUAUGAUUGGCAUUUGGUAGAGAAAGAGAAGAAGAAACAAAUGAGCACAGAGGAGAAAAAAGCAUUGAAAGAGGAGAAACUGAAGCAAGAGGAGAAAUAUAUGUGGGCUGUUGUUGACGGUGUCAAAGAAAAGGUCGGUAAUUUCAGAGUAGAACCGCCGGGGCUCUUCAGAGGCCGUGGAGAACAUCCCAAGAUGGGAAAAUUAAAGAAGCGUAUCCGUCCAUGUGACAUCACCAUAAAUAUCGGCAAAAGUGCUCCUAUUCCAGAGUGUCCGAUCCCUGGUGAAAGCUGGAAAGAAGUAAAGCAUGAUAACACAGUCACCUGGCUAGCUUUCUGGAAUGAUCCUAUUAACCCGAGAGAAUUCAAGUAUGUAUUUUUGGCAGCUAGCAGUGCCUUGAAAGGGCUGAGCGACAAGGAGAAGUAUGAGAAAGCCAGGAAUCUUACGCACCACAUAAAGAGUAUAAGAGAAACUUACACCAAGAAUUUUACCUCCAAGGAUGUUACAAAGAAGCAAAUUGCUGUGGCUACCUAUCUCAUUGAUAAAUUGGCGCUUAGGGCUGGAAAUGAGAAGGAUGAUGAUGAGGCCGACACUGUUGGUUGCUGUACAUUAAAGGUUGGAAAUGUGGAAUGUAUUCCUCCAAAUCAAAUAAAGUUUGACUUCCUCGGUAAAGAUUCUAUCCGGUAUGAGAACACAGUUGUGGUUGAGCCUCCUGUUUACAAGGCCAUUGGACAGUUCCAGGCUGGAAAAUCCAAAACGGACGAUCUUUUUGAUGAAUUAGACACAAAUAAACUGAAUGCUCAUCUUAAAGAGCUUGUACCCGGUCUCACAGCGAAAGUGUUCCGUACGUAUAAUGCUUCCUUCACUUUGAAUCAAAUGUUGACUGAUGACAACGGAGAUGGCGAUGUUAAUCAUAAGAUAGUAGUUUAUCAACAAGCAAAUAAAAAGGUUGCUAUAAUAUGUAAUCAUCAGCGUGCUGUAUCUAAGUCGCAUGGAGCACAAAUCGAAAAAUUGGCUGGGAAGAUAGAUGAACUCAAGGAGGGUCUUAAAGAGCUUGAAACUAAUCUCAAGCGGGCUAAAGAAGGAAAACCACCAUUGGAAGGUUCCGAUGGAAAGAAGAUUAGAAGCUUAGAUCCAAACGCGUGGGAGAAGAAGAUUGCUCAACAGAACCUCAAGAUCAAGAAGAUGGAACUAGACAAACACACAAAAGAGGACUUGAAAACCGUGGCGCUGGGCACGUCCAAGAUCAAUUACAUGGAUCCUCGGAUCACUGUCGCGUGGUGCAAACGUCAUGAAGUUCCAAUUGAGAAGAUAUUCACAAAGACUCUUCUGGCGAAAUUCGCCUGGGCUAUGGACGCAGGACCCGACUUCAGAUUCUAG